UGAAUGCAUUGAACAGUUUAUAGCCUAUAGUAGGCAAUAAAUAAAUCAUAAAUUAUUACUAUUAAUUAUUAUUAUUAUUAUUAUUAUUAUUAUUAUUAUUAAUUAAUUAAUUAUUAUUAUCCAGUUUCCUCCUAAUUUUCCUUCAUUUUCUCGGGAAAAUUUUGUGAAAUGAGUUAAAUUAAAAUUUGACGCCUAAUUCUCCUUGCUCCUUCACACCACACCCAGAUCCUCUCACACUGCCAUUUACAGACUUGUUUGAAGAGGCUGCCAAGUUCAUUUGUGUACACUGUGCAGACAUGUAUAAGAAUCGGUUGCAAGAAUUGGCUCAAAGAAGCUGCUUCAAUUUGCCAGCCUAUUCAUGCAUACGUGAAGGGCCAGAUCACGCUCCUCGUUUUAAGGUAACUGUCAACUUCAAUGGAGAGACCUUUGAAAGCCCUACAUUUUGCUCUACUCUUAGACAGGCCGAACAUGCAGCAGCUGAGGUAGCUCUGAACACACUGGCAAAUAGAGGUCCCUCGAGAACUUUGGCAGCUAGAGUUCUGGAUGAAACAGGAGUAUACAAGAAUUUGCUCCAGGAAACUGCCCACAGAGCUGGACUGAAUCUUCCUGUUUAUAAGACUAUUCGUGCUGGACCAGGUCAUGUCCCUAACUUCUAUUGUACCGUUGAGAUCGCAGGAAUGCAUUUUGCUGGAGAUCCAGCUAGGACCAAGAAACAGGCUCAGAAAAAUGCGGCAAUAGCUGCUUGGUCUGCAUUGAGAAAAUUGUCUGAGAAUCAGUUAUCUUCUUCAACUUCAUCAUCCUCAUUGUCUUCCGAAUCUAAAAGCAACAAAGAACAAGAACAUGUCAUUAUUGCUCAGGUCCUUGCAAGUUUGCAUUCGUCUGGUGCAAAGAACUUUCCAGAAAAUGAUCAUCAACAUAGAUGGCUAAAGUCCACCGCAGCCUCAUUGGUGUCAACCCAGCCAACUUCUCCAGGGAUGUAUCCUAUGCAAUACCAGCAUUGUGAAUUCUCUAAUUUCUCACCCGAGUUGGCUCUUUAUCAGAUUUGGCAGCAAGAACAAAUUAUGCAGCAAAUGUUGGCACUUACCAUUCAACCAAUUAUCCCACCUGCUCCGCAGAUUUAUCCGUUAAUGCAAUCUGUGCUCCAGCCAGAUCACUAUCUUUAUUUUCCAGCUAAAGAGUUAGCAUCAUUCCCUGGAGAACCAAAAUUCUCUAUUGCUACACCAAGGCCUCCAUUAUACUUUUCAAACCAAAUGGUUCCUGAAUUAAACAGCGGGAGGUCAACAGUAACCAUUAGAGAGAUACAAGAGGAAAAAACAGAAGACCCCUCAGUUUGCAACUUUAGCAAUGAGACAAGAAUUCCAUCACCAGCUCCAGAGAAUGAUAGACAGAAGCAUGAUGGCUCUAGAAGCAGCAGCAGUAAUAGUAGUAGAAAUGAUGAACACAAUGGGAAAUCUGAGUGGGAUUCUCUUAGGAGCAUGGGAUAUGCACACAUACCAGUUAACAUUGAAAUGCAAAACCCAUCCAGGAUUGCCAUAGGACAUUCACAAACAAGUUCCAACAGAUAUUUUAGACCGCCAGCAGCUUCAUAUUCCAUGGUGAGAACCAUGGGCCCUACUUCAUCAUUGGGUUCCACGGUGCAACAUAGGGAAGUACCUAUGGCUGUUGCUUCAACGUUGAGAACUUGGGUCCCACGAAGUCCGGGGAUGAUAAGAUCGCCUACUCCCCGGUUCAAUAUGGCCCCAGCUGUGAGAAUCAGAUCAGUAGUUCCAGUCUGCUCAGCUCCUCCAAGGAGGUCCAUGGCAGAGACGCCCAAAAGCAAGGAAAAAGAAGAUUCAAAACCCGAAGACAAAUGAGGUCUCAAGAACAGACUCUGAGCUUGGCCAUCUUAAUUCUCAGAUAUAAAUAUUGAUGUGAGUAUAGAGUAUAGAGGUUAAGAAGUGUAGUAGUUUGUGCCAAAUAAUAUGUUGGUUACCUUUAUAGAUAUGGUAAACAAAAAUUCUACAAAUAGGUUUCCAACUUAAAACUUUGACAAGAGAUCCCGAUUUAAUCGGGUUCCGGAAUUGGAGUCGGGUUUACCUGACUUCAACUUGUAAUGGUGAGUGGAUUCGAAAAUGUGAAUCAUCACCUAAAUUAUACUACAGUUUAAUUAUGAAUUUUAGAUUACAUGGUUCUAGUUCUAAUGUUAUAGUGCUCUUAAUAAAUAUUCCUUCCUUCCCACAAA